AUGCAGUGCAGCGGGGGUAUCGCCCUGUGCUUGUGCACCUUCUUCCUUGCUGCGGCCGCGUCGGACACCUUCGGAGCCGGCCUCCAGGUUCUUGGAAGAAUGUAUGAGAGCUGUGAGAGGUCGCAGGAGAUGCUAAAGUGCUUCAAGAUCCAAGCGGCGAAGUUGGCGGACAGGGCCGCUCGUAUGGAGUCACUGCCCCUCAUCGAUGGCGUUUCCUUGGUUAGGAGGUUGGAGCAUGACCGCGCUUACCCGUCUUCUCUGCCGGAAGGUGAUAUGAAUGCGCUCACGUCGGAUGAAGUCGACAAAUGCCUCCAGCAAGCUGCGUCCAAGCUCAUGCAGACGCAUCGAGUGAUUAUUUCGCCCGCGAGCAUCGGGGAUGACGUUGGACGCUCCUUCAGCCAAGCUAGGAGUAAACUGAAGAAGAUGAUCGGACCGAUAAUGGCUGGUGUCGCAAUAAAAGGCGGCUUCCUCGCGAUGGCUUUCCAAGCGAUCGCCCUCAUAGCUGGUAAAGCUUUGUUGAUAGGCAAAAUCGCGCUGCUUCUGUCCGCAAUCAUCGGCUUGAAAAAGCUGGUAUCGGGUGGUGAGUCCCACGAGAAGACCACUUACGAAAUUGUCAAGCACCCACAAGUGUCCCAGACUCAUUCGUACUCUUCGUCCCAUUAUGGCAGCGAUUUCGACACAACUGGUCUCGGGGGACAUUAUAGGAGAAGUGUAGAGGACGAGGCGGCAGCUCAAGACAGAGCUUACAGAGCCCACGCUAAGGCACAA